AAAGAAUCGCAUGUCCUGAAAUUAACCGCAACAUCGGCACAUCCACCAUGAAGGCAGUCAGUCCGGUGAGGUCCGUCAGGAAACCUGCCUUGUGUUUUUCGGAGCAUAAUAUGGGCAUCUCGCGGAGCAACGACCCGCUCAGUCUACUGUACAACAUGAAUGACUGCUACAGCCGGUUGAAGGAGCUCGUGCCGAGUUUACCGCAGAACCGGAGCGUGAGUAAGAUGGAGAUCUUGCAGCAUGUUAUAGACUACAUUUUGGACCUUCAGAUCGCACUGGACCAGAACCCGCUACAGCAGCAGCAGCAGCAGAGCCUCGGACAGAGCCCUCCAAAAAAGACUGUCAGAUCACUGGGAGCUGAUAUCAGCAUCAUCUCUUUCCAGCCCAGUAACCCUCAAAGAGAGAUCAACACAGAUGACCUCAUAGCCCUGUCUCGUUGAAAUGGUGAGUUGAUUCAUCUUCAUGCUUUGACAAGCCAAGUUAAACUUUUGCACGUGGGGCAGUUUGCUGUUAUACAGUAAGCAUACAGUAAUUAUUUAUGCAGUAUUAAAAAAAUAAGUCAUUAAAACAAUACUUAUUAUACUCUACGCUUUGUUUCAAAUGUCAUUAUACAUUUCUAUCAUAAUUGCCCCAAUUCACUUAGAAAGAUGUUUUCUCAUGUCGUUUCAAACCUGCUUGACUUUGUUUGAUGAACAAAUGGUUGAACGACUACAGCAAAUGAAAGUCAGAGGUUUGUAGCGAUGAGAAUUUCAGGAUAAUAAGAAUUCAUAGUGUUAGCUAUGUAAAGUGCUAUCAAAUGUAAGUGUGAGAUGCUUGCUAGAGUCCGCCAUCUGGAGCUGUAUGGUAUUGCCCGGUAUUUCGCUUGUUUGGUUAAAAGUCCGAAAAAAACGUCCUGUGGCUUCCUCCCUGGCGCCAGUCUGUCCGGAUCUCUGUCCUUUUGCCUUCUCUAAACACGCCUCUCUCUCUCUCUCUCUCUCUCUCUCACAAUCUCUUGCAGGUGUUUCGGUCGUGGAGCAAAAACAGAGGCUUUUUGUGUUUUUUUUUUGUCCCGUGUCAUUCUCCUGGACUUCGUCUUGAAUGACAAAGGAUUUUCCUCAAACGGACAAAAAAAAGAUUCUGACUUAGUUGUAUAUGGACUUUCCUAUUUUUUCUUCCAAAGGAAGAUUAAAAGAGACUGAAGGAAAAUACUAAUUACGCAAGCAAUCCUAGAAAGAUGUUUUUGUUCUUUUGUGUUGUAAAGAAAUUGAGCAAAAACGCUCUAUUGUUUUCUCUUUCUGCUGAAAAUGUGAUGUUUAUAAUAUUACAGAAAUUUUUAUAAUUAUAACGUAAAUGGCACUUUUAUACUGUACAUAAUUAAAUGCGAAGUAUGAAGCCAGUGUCUUUGUCUGAACAACUGUUACAGAUGCAAUGUUUUUUGUUGUAUUUUUUUGUUUUUGCAUAUACAUAAAGCUUAUUAACUUA